CAAGGCCUAGUUGUAGCCGAGGGUGAAAAGUGGACCAAACACAGAAAGUUAAUCAAUCCUGCUUUUCACUUGGAGAAGAUCAAGCUUAUGUUACCAGCUUUCCGUUUGAGUGCUGAGGACAUGUUAAAAAGUUGGGAGGAAAACAUUUCACCACAAGGAUCUUGCGAUGUAGAUGUUUGGCCAUCCCUUCAAACUUUAACCAGUGAUGCUAUUUCUCGCACGGCCUUUGGUAGCAACUAUGAAGAAGGAAGAAAGAUAUUUGAGCUCCAAGGAGAACAGGCAGACCAUGUUAUGACUGUUUCACGAUCAAUAUACUUCCCGGGUAAAAGGUUUCUUCCAACUAAAAGGAACAGAAGAAUGAAAGAGAUAGAAAGAGCAGUUAAGGCAACAGUCAGAAAUAUUAUUGACAAGAGGAUGAAAUCAACAAAAGCAGGGGAAGGCAGGAAAGAUGACUUAUUGGGCAUAUUGUUGGAGUCUAAUUUCAAAGAGAUUGAACAACAGGGUGGCAAAGAGUUUGGUAUGAGCAUAGACGAUGUUAUUGAAGAAUGCAAACUCUUCUAUUUUGCUGGCCAGGAAACCACUUCAACAUUGCUCGCAUGGACUUUGAUUCUGCUAAGCAAACAUCAGGACUGGCAGUCGCGUGCUAGAGAUGAGGUCUUGCAAGUUUUUGGGAGGAAAGAAAUUGAAUUUGAUGGCCUUAACCAGCUCAAAGUGGUGACAAUGAUCUUGAAUGAGGUUCUAAGAUUGUAUCCAUCAGUGGUGGUGCUUUCAAGAGGACUUAAAGAUGAAACAAAAAUUGGGAACUUCAAUCUUCCAGCCGGGGUGUUAGUCUCACUGCAAGUAUUGCUGUUGCACCACGACACUGAAAUAUGGGGCGAUGACGUGAAAGAAUUCAAUCCAGAGAGAUUUAGUGAAGGGAUUUCGAAUGCAACAAAGAGCCAAGUCGCGUAUUUCCCGUUUGGUUGGGGUCCCCGGAUUUGCAUCGGACAGACCUUUGCCAUGACAGAAGCAAAAUUAGCUAUGGCGAUGAUUCUGCAGCGUUUCUCUUUUGAACUUUCCCCAUCUUAUACUCAUGCUCCUCACACAAUUAUUACACUGCAACCUGAGCAUGGUGCCAACUUAGUAUUGCACAAACUUUAAUGUUAUGAACUAAGAUUUCUGUUGUAAAAAUAUCUUCUAUUCGAUCUUCAAACUGAUUUACACUAUUAAGAGCCUCACGUUAUGGUCGUAAUAGUUUGACAUAAUUGGC